CAGCUCGUCGGACACAGAGUCACAGAGUGUGUGUGAGUGUGUGUGAGACUGAGAGAGAGAGAGCGUGUCUGAGAAUGGCGACGCUGGUUGAUCCUGCGGAAACUCCAGCGCCCUUCGGCGGAGUCGGCAGCCUCAGGAGCACGGCAUCACCCACAGCCUCGACACAGCACUUCGACGAGGGCAAAUAUUACCUGCUGGUGGUCAUUGGGGAGCUGGUCACUGACGAGCAUCUCAAGUGUGCCAUUGCGGACAUUGAGAAAGGAAUCCGUUCAUGGGACACGAAUCUCAUCGAUUGUAACUUGGACCAGGAGCUGAAGCUUUUUGUUUCUCGACACUCUGCCAGGUUUUCAGCCGAUGUGAGAGGGCAAAAGAUUCUGCACCACAAAAGUAAUGUGUUGGAGACAGUGGUGCUCAUUAACCCUUCAGAUGAAGCUGUUAGCACUGAGGUACGGCUAAUGGUCUCAGACACAGCCCAUCAUAAGCUGCUUGUCCUGGCAGGACAGUGCUUUGAAAAUACAGGCGAGCUGAUUCUCCAAUCAGGCUCCUUUUCUCUCUCCAGUUUCAUUGACAUUUUUACAGAUCAAGAGAUCGGAGAGCUUCUUAGCACCAUACAUCCAGCCAACAAAGCCAGUUUAACCCUUUUUUGUCCUGAGCAUGGUGACUGGAAAAAUUCUAAUCUGGACAAACACAACUUACAGGACUUCAUCUACAUGAAGCUAAACUCCCCAACCAUCCUUCCAGAAAUGGAAGGUCUUUCUGAAUUUACAGAAUACCUGUCAGAAUCUGUAGAAAUCUCAUCUCCAUUUGACAUGCUGGAGGCCCCGACCUCAGGGGGGUUCCUAAAAUUAUCAAAACCAUGCUGCUAUAUAUUCCCUGGAGGACGGGGUGAUUCUGCAUUGUUUGCAGUUAAUGGUUUCAACAUGCUUAUUAAUGGUGGAUCUGAUAGAAAGUCUUGCUUUUGGAAGCUGGUACGGCAUUUGGACAGAGUAGAUUCUGUUCUCCUUACACACAUUGGAGAUGAUAACCUUCCUGGUAUCAAUAGCAUGCUGCAGCGCAAAAUAGCUGAACUGGAGGAGGAGCAGUCCCAGGGGUCUACAGCUAACAGUGACUGGACAAAGAAUAUGAUCUCACCUGAUAUUGGUGUUAUGUUUGCCAACAUGCCUCAGAACCUGGAAAAUCUUGAACCCAACUACAGAAUUAGGAGAAAUGCUGAGGAGGCAGCCUUCACACUGCAGUACUUAAACAAGCUGUCUCUAAAACCUGAACCUCUGCAUAGGAGUAUAGGUAAUACAGUAGAACCAAUUAUACUAUUCCAGAAAAUGGGGGUCGGAAAGCUUGAAAUGUAUGUUCUUAACCCAGCUAAGAACAGUAAGGAGUUGCAGUUUUUCCUGAAAGAAUGGUCUGGUAGUGAUAAAGACAAAGCGACCAUCUUGUUACCAAAUGGAAAAGAAUCAGAACUCCCCGUCUCAUAUUUGUCUUCCAUCUCAUCGCUGAUUGUGUGGCAUCCUGCUAACCCAUCAGAAAAGAUUGUCCGCGUCCUUUUUCCAGGCAAUUCUACUCAGAAUCAUAUUCUAGAAGGCCUAGAAAAACUUAAACACUUAGACUUCCUCAAAUAUCCUGUGAUCACACAAAAUGAGCUUAAUUUAAACCUAGCCCCGACACUGAAACAAGCAAAGAUGAAACAUAAGACAGACAGUAAAGAGAGUCUCAAAUCGACAUCAAAACCAUCUCCGAGCAAAAAUCUCCACAAGGAAUCCAGGGAAGAAACCGCUGAAAAACUAAAAACCGUAAGUAAAACUGAACCAGCAGAAAAACAAGAGCCAACACAAAAAAUAGAGAAAAAGGAAAAAACACUUGUGAAAAAGGUGAAAGCAGGGGACAAGGACAUUAAAAGCAAGGUUGAGCAAACACACAAAACUGACACUCCAGAGAAAAAGAAAGUUGACAUUAAACCAAAAACAAUAAAGAAGGAAUCCAAGAAAUCAGUGGAAAAGACUGAGACUGUUAAAACUGAAAAAAACAUACCCAAUAAAGAAGAUAAGGUCAAAAAAGAAGAGAAGGUAAAGAAAGAAGAAGUGAAAAAAGAAAUUAAAAAACGAGACAUCAGGAAAGACUCUGUAUUAAAGGAAAGCAGAAAGGAUGAAAAGAAAGAAUCAAUGAAAGAUUCAAAAGAGUCAAUGAAAGAUUUAAGAAAAACUGGUAGCUUGAAAAAGAAUGCCCCUAGCACACCUGAUGUGAAAAAACCUGCACCUAAACCAAAGGUUGCAGCACGUGGGAAGAGCCCUGGUAGCCCUGCCAGAUCCAAAGACAAGGCCAAGUCCAAGCCAACUAAAAAAGAUGCAGGAGAAUCAGUGGCAGCACCUUCUAUCUCAGGAGCCACUGUUGAAGAACCCACUGUGGAAGCCAGCGCAACAGAUGUACUUGAGGCAGAGAGAUCACUUAUGUCUUCUCCAGAGGACCUCACUAAAGAUUUUGAGGCUUUGAAAGCAGAGGAGAUGGCUGAAGAUGAUGAGGUCCUUUCUCAGACCAAAAUAGACGAUUCUAAUCAAGAAGAAGAGAUUAGACAUGAAGAAAUAACUCAUUGCAAAGAGUCCCCAGAAGCAGCAGAGUCCCUUGAUGAAGGAAUAGCAACCACUGAAGCUGAGGAGGAAUGUGGAGGUACUCCAGGGGAACUAGAACCCAAUCAGAAAAGCAACGGUACCAGUGAAAAGUUUGAAGAUGAAGGAACAGGAUUGGAAGAGUCAUCUGAGUUAGGGGACUAUGAAGAAAAGGGAGAGACAGAGGAAGUGGAUGAGCAGGAGAGAGCAAUAUCUACAUUAAAAGAUGAACAGGGAGAGCUUGAAACCAAGGAAGAAUCAAAUUAUGGUACAGAAGAACCAGAUCUAGACAAAGAAACAAAGUUGCAAUGUUUUGAUGUAACCACACCACCAAAGCUCACUGCACCUGUGUCUCCUGCUGAUUCAAUUCAUGAUGAAACCCUACCUGCAGGUUCAGAAAGUGAGGCUGCCUCUGAUGAUGAAAACCGAGAUGAGCCUCCAGAAGAAUACACAACAUCUGGACACACUCAGUCUACGAUUGAGAUCUCAAGUGUCCCAACGCCUAUGGAUGAAAUGUCAACUCCAAGAGAUGUAAUGAGUGAUGAGACAACUAAUGAUGAAAGCGAUUCUCCUUCCCAAGAUUUUGUCAGGUACGGUAUAACUACAGAACAUGAACGAAAGAAACUUUCACCUCUCCAAGAUGUUCCUGAAUUAGAUCACUCCAAGAGUGAUGCCACUGAGGGCCAUGAUUAUCAUGUGUCAGCUUCCACCAUUUCACCACCAUCUUCAUUGGAGGAAGAUAAAUCUGUCAAGGAUUUUUCAGUUAAAGACACAUUCUCUUUUGACUCAAGCAGGCUCACUACUACUACAACUUUGCCUUUUGUCAGGUCACCUUCUGGUGACCAAAAUGUAAACAUUCACCUUGUGCAUGCAGGUGUAUCUUCGCCUAUUGAACUGGGAACUACACUAGCAGGUAUAUCAAGAGGAAUGGAAUCGUACAGUCCAGAUGAGAAAACCUUAGAGGGCCCUUUGUCUCCUCAGUCCUCAGGACACACACCUUACUACCAGUCGCCAGUUGAGGAGAAAGCUGGCACUCUACCAUCUGACAAAACAUCUGAGACCCAGGGUCCUGUUAUUGUAGACAUCACAAGUGACAAGGAAUACUCUCCCAGAGAGGCUAGUCCAAUUGAUGAAGCAGUGCCUGUUUCACAAGCAGGAAAGGAACAAUCACCAAUUUAUGAAGCACACUUAUCAACCAAUUUUGAGUUCGACCACAAAUCACCAAGUCAGACUGACAAUAACGAUAAAAAGUUAGCAACUGAUGACAGUUCAUCAGUAAUAUCUGCCACAUCACUGCCACCUUCUAAAAUAGAAAGUCUGUCUGAUACAAAACAUUUAACAACAUUUAAAGAGGACAGUAAAAUGUCCAUAUCUGAAGGGACAACAUCUGAUAAGUCUGGCACUCCAGUUGAUGAAGUUGUUGCAGAUGACACAUUUUCUCACAUUGCCUCUGCAUCAACAGCAUCACUUGCAACAAGUUCUUUACCGGAACCGACAACUGAUGAUGUCUCCCCAUCACUUCAUGCUGAAGUGGGCUCCCCUCAUUCCACAGAAGUGGAUGAUUCUUUCUCUGUCUCAGUUGUUCAGACUCCAACCACAAUGCAGGAAGCGGAAGUCUCUCCAUCUAAGGAAGACAGUCCCCGUCCUAUGUCAAUCUCCCCUGAUGUUUCACCAAAGACAGCCAAAUUGAGAAUGCCACAACAGGAAACAAAAUCCCCUGAGAAGUUGCUAGCUGGGUGUGAACAAGAAUCCCCAGAACACUCAUUUGCAUUGGAUUUCAGCAAACAAUCACCAGAUCAUCCAUCAGUUGGAGGAAUGCAGUCUACAGCCACUGAGAAUGGUCCCACAGAAGUUGAUGACAGUCCCUUGGAUGGAGCUGGUUCCAUGGGAGAACGACACAGACCAGAGGAAACUGGAGAUAAGGCAAUGCUUUUUAAAGAAUCUGAUAGUACCCAGGCUGCUUCUGCCUCUCCAUCAGAUGCAUCUCAGUCUACCCCAUCUGUUACAACACCCUGCCAAAUUGCAGAGCCAAGAGAAGUUUCUCCAGAUAUAGACAAUUUAUCAGAAUCUGUUACUCCAAAACAGUCACCUAGCAAACAGUCUCAUGUGUCUCUUGACUCAUCUCUUGUUUUAGGUAGACCAAGUAUGUCACAUGAAGAAGUAAACAAAGAUAAACUUAGUAGCAAUUCAUUUUAUGAAGAGACCGGUAUGGAUAAAUCAGAGGACACAAAAAAUCUAGAGAAGAAUCCUCCAAAGGCUAGCUCACCCUCAUCUCCUACUGAAUCGUGUUUUUCUCAAAAGACAGAAGAUCUUAAACUUGGCUCAGAAACUACUACCUUUACAGGUUCAAAAUCCCCCACCAGCCCUAAAAUGUCAUCUCCAGCCCAACUUUCCCCUUCUUCCACUCAGACAGACAGUCAAGAUAAAUUUUCCAUCAGCUCUUCAUCAUAUUCAUACAGUUGUCAAAAUGUAGAAUCUACUAAAAUCUGUGAUGGUGGGUCCAUUGGACCAGAUACCUCAAAGGCAUGCCAUUCUUAUUCACGAGCCGAAGUGGACUUGUGUUUGGUGACCUCCUGUGAAUACAGACAUCCAAAAACAGAGCUUUCUCCAUCCUUUAUAAACCCCAGUCCUCUUGAGUACUUCAUGAAUGAGGACCCUGCUUUGGGGGAGGAAAAGCCUCUUGCUAAGUCAGGAGAAGGACCACCACCACCUGAAGAGAAACAGCAGAGCAAACAGUGUGAGGAAACUCCCCCCACCUCUGUAAGUGAAUCAGCGCCCUCUCAAACAGACUCUGAUGUUCCUCCUGGCACAGAGGAGUGCCCAUCAAUAACUGCAGAUGCAAAUAUUGACUCUGAGGAUGACUCAGAAACACUACCAACAGAUAGGACGAUCACUUAUCGUCAUGCAGACCCACCUCCAGUCACACCCAGAGACCCUGCUCCUACUCCUCCACAUCCUGAUGCCUGCAUGGUAGACCCUGAAGUCCUGAAGGCUGAGGAGGCAUCUGGGAAACCAAAAAAGAACAUCAGCAGCAAAACCAAGCCAUCUGCAACAAAGAGCUUGUCAAAAACAAGUGCCAUCAAAGAGUCGAAAGUGUCCUCGCCAAAAAAGUCUACAGAAGAUAAAGAUGCCAAAAAUGCUACUAAUACCUCUGCAUCAAGGGGAGUGAAAAACAGCACUUCAGGAAGCACCAAGUCCAGCAGUGGAACAUCAGUACCCAACUGUCCUACAAUGUAUAUGGACCUAGUUUACAUACCAAACCACUGCAAUGCAAAGAAUGUGGAUGCAGAGUUCUUUAAACGGAUCCGAUCGUCCUACUAUGUAGUCAGUGGUAAUGAUCCAACAGCACAGGAGCCUAGUAAGGCAGUUCUGGAUGCUCUGUUGGAAGGAAAGAGCCAAUGGGGAAAUAAUAUGCAGGUCACACUGAUUCCAACCCAUGAUACAGAAGUUAUGAGGGAGUGGUACCAAGAGACCCACGAGAAGCAGCAAGACUUAAACAUCAUGGUUUUGGCAAGCAGCAGCACUGUAGUCAUGCAAGAUGAGUCUUUCCCUGCAUGUAAGAUUGAGCUGUGAUUGUCAUGAUCCAAAUGUGAUAGAGGUAUGAUGUUGGAGAGCACACAAUUGAAAAACUUGAUACACCUUCACAAAAGCAAAUGUUUUGUAUCACUUUCAAUAGUGGAACUGGUAAAAUGUUUCUCAGUAGAUUUGUUUAUGUGUACUUCAUGAGGUCUCAGGUUGUGAAAAUGUUUGGUUAGACAUUUUAUGCCGAGUUCACACUGCACGAAGUUUCCUGAUCAACAUUAUUUUCAUAUUGUAUGACUCUCUGAGGCUAGCAUUCAGUUGCUGUGGUAUUUACACUGCAUGAUGGGUCAGUGACAGGAGGAUACACACUGUCUGGCCCACAAAUGCACGCAAUAAUUCAAGAUUAUGCGUGAGACUGGAGAAUGGUAUCCUGUAUUAAGUAUUUUGAAGUAAUUAGCCAUUUUACUCGUUUGAAAAAGAGACAAAAUUAAGGAAGAUUAAGCAAAACAAGAUUAAGGAAAUUCUUUGGGCGAUGCAUGGAACAGGGGUUGUGAGUUGAGAGAAAACAAGAUGAAGGGCAAUAAUGUGCUGGUCAAGCAAAUUUUCUUUUGCUGCGUACAGUUCACAUACUAUCCGUCCUAAAUAGUAUUCGAAAAUAGAAUUAGUAUGUCCCAAAUCGUAGUAUGUUGAAAAGUGUAUGCCAAAGGUUCCCGGAUCAUUUCCUAAUCCUGGGAAAAAUUUGAAGUGUAGAACCAUCCAUACUCUAACCGCUAAUAUUGCCUACAGUACAUUGCGCGUUGGACAUGAAUUUGAUGAAAACUACAAACGUGGUUGAAAAGUGUAAACAAACUACUAACAUGGUGGACGCGCGAGACCAACUGUCAAGUAAAAAGGCUUCGGUAAAGAUGUUUGAAUGACUGUAAUAUCUAGCCAACUGGAAAAUAUUUAAAUCGCGUUUUCUGUGUUAUAUUUCAUCUGCAACAAUUAUCUUAACUUAUAUCAAGAUAUGUUUGGACCUUCACUUCUGAAUGCAUAAUUACCCAAAGACCUUAGGAGAUUUCUCUGCAUGAAAGACUCAUGAAUAGAAGAUUAACCUGUUGCUGCAUCUCCAAUAAGGUAGGAAAAUAAAUAUACAAGAAAUGUGGAUGAUGUGUGGAUGAUUGACAGGGCUCAUAACUAAGCAACUUAACGAUCUGUUAACGAGGAAGUAGUGUGUCCCAAAGCUUGCAUACUCAUCUGUUACACACUCAAAGGCAAAGACUUUUCCUUCACAAAAAAGUACAUACUUUUAGGGCCUAGUAUAAGUAUGUGAAUUGGGACACAACUGUUCAAUCCCAGCAGGCACACAAUGUCAUAAGACGUUAAUAUAAGGUUAGAUUUAGGUCGUGGCAUCAGGUGACCAAAAUGUAAUGUCUAGCCAGUGUCUAAGGACAACGUUAUUUUGACAUCCAAUAAUGAAGUCAAAUGACGAUAUUUGGUUGAUUUUAAUUUGUGUUGGAAAGUGACCAAAAUCCAACAUCAAGCCAACAUCUUAAACUAUUGACGUCAAAUACUGACAUUUAUUAAUCAGGUAUGGCAACCAAAACCUAACGUCUAAAAAGAUGUCAUAGUGGUAAUGUCCACACAACAUCAAGCUGUAAUAUCAUUAAACGUUGAUAUUUGGUUGAUUUUAGGUUGGACAUUAACGUCGGCUGAGGUUGGGUUCUGACAUCAAUCCAGUUUUCAUUUCCAAACAAAAUGCAAUGUCCCCACAAUCAUGGGGUACAAUGUCAAUCUGACGUUAUGUUGACACCCUGUGCCUGCUGGGAUAUUAUUGUAAAGCUUAUUUAUUCUUGGAUAGUGGUCUAUAGAUUCUCCCCAAACUCCCUGCUGCCCUGUAUCUUGCUCUCUCAUGGGCUAUAGGUAAUUGCUGAAAUGUUUUCAGUCAAAACUCAUUUCACACAGCACGUCUUUGAUAACUCACACUGUGUCACUCACAUGAACAAGCACCGAUUUGCCUCUGAUUUUAGCCAUUUGUCAGCAAUUUCACAAAAGCUGUUGGCAAGUGUAAACUGGGGCUAAAAUUAUUCAGUGUGAACUUGGCAUUAAACAACACAGAGCAGUUUUGGAUGUGUACCAGACCUCAUCAAACACACACACACGCACACACACACAGUAAAAGCUACUUUUGAGCAAACGGAACAACAGACUAAAUACACAUAUUAGUCUGUGGAUGAACUGAACUAAGCAGCUUUAAUUAAACAAAUUCACUCAUUUUAAAACAGAUGAUCAAUGGGUCCACGGAUCUCUAAAAACAGAACUCUAAUAAAAAUGUUUACACCAAAGGUUGAGGGAUUGUUUUAAUGCCUUAGAAAGUUUAACUGAAUGUACAAAAAAAAAUGAUGCACUUAAUAUGAUGAGAAUGAAAGGGUAUGUAUGAUUCCCUAUUACAUAUAUACAGUCUCAUAGGAUGCAAAAGCAAUUCCAUCUGCACUGACUUGUUUAGAAUAUGAAUGUGAAGCUUGCUACCAUUGCAAUUAAAUGCUAGAAUAAAGGUCUACCAAUUUAAAACUCCAAAAAAACAAAAUUGAAAUGGAAACAUUAAACACCAUAAAUCAUAUAUAACAACCUUAAUGUUAUGGUAAAAAGAAACAUCCCAUUCCUCUUCAUCCCAGGCUAGCAAAGAAUUUCUUUCAUUAAUUAUAUUGUCAUCAUUUGAAGCUAGGAGAUAUUUCUGACUUACCAUCAUUAGUUUCAAAUUUCUUGAAUUUCACACCAGCCUUUAUUAUUAGGUAAAAUAAAAUAAAAUACAAAUGUUUGAGCCACAAAUUGCUUACUAAUCAAUUUGUUCUGCAUAUUGUUUGCAUAUAUUUGCUAAUGUUUUAUUCUAUUAACUGAGUAAUACAGUUACUUUAUUUAUUUGCCUUAUUUAAUGCUUAAUUUAUAACUUGGAAAUUAGCUUUUUGGGCAUUCUUAUUAAUUUAAUUUUGAAAGGAAAUCUCUAUCAUGUGAAACUUGUGUGUCAACUUUCAGCAAUUUAGUUUUUUUUUUUGAUAGCUAUUGUUUUCUCCUCAGACACUAAAUGCACAUUGGCAUUUCACAUUUUGAGAGCUCUUCUAUAUGCACUGUUCAUCCAAAUCUUGUCCAUGUACAAUUUUCAGUUUCUUAGCAUGUCAAUGUUGCCAGCAAGAGCCAUCAAGAUUGUGGUUCAUUGAGAGUUGAGUAACUAAAAGCUUCCCUUUCCUUAGGAAUUUUUUAUAAAAUUGCACUGUACUGUAAUUAUUAAUUGCUUAGCGACAGAGUGAGUGGUCGGAUGAUAUGUGCAUGAGUAAUGUAUUAUCCUUGACAUUUCUCUGUGCUUUCUUAUUCUAAGAGGGGAAACUCAUUGUUUACUGCAAGGACAUGACUGAAAUCAUCACGAUUUGGAUCUGGUUUACAGUAUCAAAAUGUCGAUAUUCAUUUGCAUAUGGAAAUUUCCCUUUAACAAGGGUUAUUGAUUAGGACUUUGAUCAUCAAUUAAAGAUCUUUUCUGUCUAUGAAGCUAAAUGGAUUAUACCAAUAAUAACUGACAGAACCACUACAAGGAUUUUACAGUUUAUAACAGUAUUAUGCCUUAGGUUAAACUAUUUUAGCUGGUCAACUAACAGCUACCGGGGAACUUAGUGUCAUUGUGGCGCAACCCUGUUCGUCAGCUCAUAACAGUAAACUGGAAAUGACGUUAAUAUCUCAGAACUGGACUCUUCUUAAAUGCAUACUAAUGUCAGCAGCAGUCAACAGACUCUUCUAGCCACAUGCUUCAGCAAAGUGCAUUGUUGUUUAUCCGUAAGACAUUUAAACAACUAAACACAACACACAAAUCUAGUCUAUCACUCCCUUCUUUUCCUCUGAUCCACUGUAACACUUCACUUUCAAGUUAAAAUUUUUUCAAACCCUCACAAACAAUCCCUCCGGUUCUCCUCGCUCACCUUCGGGUGCUAGUAAGAAUAUGUCUGCAGUUGUCUAUGAAAUAUAUAAAGUAUAUAUCUUGUGAACUUGCAUCUUUCCUUUUUUUCAUUCCUAAUCUCAUAUCUAGAGAAUAGUCUCAAGUGAAAGUAUUACCUUGUGCUUUUUCUGAUGUUUGUGUGCGAUAUCUCUUCACAACUACGGCGUGUUUGAUGUAAAGGGAACUUCAAUUAAAAAGAAGGCAAAUGAGUCCACAAUAAAUAACGUUGUGGAAUA